GGUUACAGUUCAUUCAUUGCAAUUUAUUUUGUUGACGUUACUUUGGGAUCCUGGGAAACGGGACUUCUGAAUAAGCUUAACAGUUUUAAGUACAGCAUUGGGUUAGUGCUCUUCUGGAUAGUUUGGCCUCCCAUGUUUCCCAAGUGUGCGCAAGUAAAACGCUUAAAUAACCACAAGUAAGGAGGAUAGUCUAAUAAAUGAACCCUGUGAAAAAUGGCGGGUGGGCACGGUGACCCAGAGUCCCUUAAGACACUUAAAAACAGCAAAACUACAGGAUCGAAAAUCGGAGCAAGCUGUUUCAAUUCUGAAUUGAAAGAAGCAGUAUGCUAUUUGGCCACCUUAAGGAAGUCCAAUAAACAUUUCUUGUGCACUGGUGAUCUCCCGUCGUCUCCGGGACGAGGCGUUUUACCUGUGGUUUCCCAGAGUGGACACAAGUGGCAGUCUAGGCCACUCAAGGUUCAGUUCAGUAAAAAUAACCAUCUGAAACAAAAUAUACAUAAAUCUGUGAUGAAAGCGUGGUCCUGGGAACGUUAGGCCCCAUUACGUAGGUCUCAAUCAGAAUUGGCAUUUUUCCCCGACCUCCAAGUGAUUUAAUUGGUUUUGAGAUGAAUUGAACCAGAAUAUUAGUGUUAAAUCCUAGGAUCGCUGACUAUGACAAAGAUUACAGGGGAUUGAAAUGAUGAACUAGUCAUCCAAUCGGAGUCUGUUUUAAUUCACCAAUCAGGUCGUUCACUCUUUAGCCAAUGGUUUCAUUGCGCGGGACUUUUGAAAAACGCGAGACCAAUCGGAAUGUUUCUGAGUAUAUAUAAAGGCAACGCCUUUGGCCUUGCUUGUCAGUUUGGCUUACUUUCUCGCUUUCUCUGAGAUGGCUCGCACGAAGCAGACGGCGCGCAAGUCGACGGGCGGCAAGGCCCCGCGCAAGCAGCUGGCCACCAAGGCGGCCCGCAAGAGCGCGCCGGCCACCGGCGGCGUCAAGAAGCCGCACCGCUACCGGCCCGGCACGGUGGCCCUGCGCGAGAUCCGCCGCUACCAGAAGUCCACCGAGCUGCUGAUCCGCAAGCUGCCGUUCCAGCGGCUGGUGCGCGAGAUCGCGCAGGACUUCAAGACCGACCUGCGCUUCCAGAGCUCGGCCGUGAUGGCGCUGCAGGAGGCGUGCGAGGCCUACCUGGUGGGGCUCUUCGAGGACACCAACCUGUGCGCCAUCCACGCCAAGCGCGUCACCAUCAUGCCCAAGGACAUCCAGCUGGCGCGCCGCAUCCGCGGGGAGCGGGCGCGCGACGCCUCGCCCGCGAUGCGCUCGAAGAUGUCGUUGACGAACGAGUUCAUGAUGCCCAUGGCCUUGGACGAGAUGCCGGCGUCUGGUGUGCAUUUUCCCGUUAUGGCUCGCACGAAGCAGACGGCGCGCAAGUCGACGGGCGGCAAGGCCCCGCGCAAGCAGCUGGCCACCAAGGCGGCCCGCAAGAGCGCGCCGGCCACCGGCGGCGUCAAGAAGCCGCACCGCUACCGGCCCGGCACGGUGGCCCUGCGCGAGAUCCGCCGCUACCAGAAGUCCACCGAGCUGCUGAUCCGCAAGCUGCCGUUCCAGCGGCUGGUGCGCGAGAUCGCGCAGGACUUCAAGACCGACCUGCGCUUCCAGAGCUCGGCCGUGAUGGCGCUGCAGGAGGCGUGCGAGGCCUACCUGGUGGGGCUCUUCGAGGACACCAACCUGUGCGCCAUCCACGCCAAGCGCGUCACCAUCAUGCCCAAGGACAUCCAGCUGGCGCGCCGCAUCCGCGGCGAGAGGGCCUAAGUUCUGAACGAAGGC